CGUACUUAAAAGUUUGGAAAAUAUAUAAUAACGAAUUCGAACAGAACUGAAACAGCGUAUGGCUGAUUACAAGAGCGGAGUGGCUGAUUACAAGGCAAUUGUUACCGGUGGUGCAAGAGGGAUCGGUCAUGCAAUUACCUCUGCUUUACUAGAGGCGGGUGGAAAGGUACGUAGUAUAUGUAAUGUCAUAUUAUUGUAUUAUCAGUUAAUCCCUUCUUUGACGGUUUGCAAAAGGUACAUUCAAGCAUUAAUUUUACUACUUAAUAUAACAUUGUCAUUGAUUCGUACUUUGAUAUUGAAAUGCAAUAGAUGCUUUGGGGACUUGGAAAGUUUGUAUACCUGACUAUUGUUGCCAAAGCUUUGAAUUGAGGCAUAUGCAUGAUAUAUGAUUGAUGUAUACAAGCUCUGAGUGGCAAACGGCAAAAAUAUGCAAUAUUUAAAACUAAAAGGUUGUGAGCGAUAAUUUAAUGUAUACGUAUAAGUAUAAUUUGCUGGCUUGUGCAUGAUUCAACUACCUAAAAAAUAAAUACACUUUGACGCUUUGAACGAAGGUACGUCGCUUGUAAGGCCUUGUAAGUUAGGCAUCGUGCUAUGGUUGAAUAGUUACUAGACAAUACUAAUUUGAAUAAAUUACUGAUGACAUACAGAGCCAAUUCAGAGUUACCACUGCACAUCCAAAUGACGCGUUCUGCGUCGGUGUAAAUUGUUGAAUAACUUGUUGCAGUUGAAUCAUACCAUGUACGUGUGGUAUUCUGCAGCUGUCCAAUCACGAUUGUGUUCCACAAUAGAACUGUCAUUUAAGCCUGGUUCACAUUGAUCGGCGAUGUUCUACGAUCCAUUGUCUGCGAGCAACGAAGAAGAAAAUACACAAUACAUUAUAUGCAUCAAUGACCACCGACACUGCGAUCGCCGAUGUUUACGAUCAAUGUGAACCAGGCUUAAAUAAACUGUCAUGCUGCUAGCAUAAUAAGGAACUUUUUGCAUAUUCAAAUGAGGACAUUGAAAUUUGAAUCCUUUGAUAUACUGUACAGAGUGUAUAAAAAAAACGCAACUUCGGAAUUUCCCAAGAAAUCGACAUUGUUUUAAAGACAAAAGAUUUUAGGCGCCUGGGAAUUUAAAAUAGCACAACUGUCAAAAUUACUGCACACGCGAGUGCAUAAGGCAAAAUUUAUACAUUUAUUUAAUGCACAACAACAGUAAUAUGGUCUAUUAGCAAUUCGAUUUCAAUUCCCUGGGGCCUAAAAUCUUUUAUGCUAAAAUCUUUUAUGCUAAAAUCUUUUAGUGUCACUUUUUUGUGGGACACCCUGUACAUAUUCCGAUUAUUCCAGUCUCGGCUACAUGUUAUAGCACAGAUUGGAAAUUAACUAGAUGUCUCACUCGGCGUCGAUCCCUGUGAUUUUCAUGUCCGCAAUGUUCGCCAGCCUGAUCACGAAUUACGCAAGAUGACGAGUGCGACACUGCCAUAAUGGUGGCGAUUGCUGACGCAAUGCCACGCAAUCGCUGAUAUGUACUAAGACUGGAUAACGCGUCUAAUAAAGUGUAUUGUUGAAAAGUGAGCCGGAAGUAAAUCUGCGACACCCGAUUCAAGGGACCCACAUAGUUUUCGCGUUUUCAGAAGAAUUUUGAGCACAAAAUUCUGCUGUGGUGUUAAAAUAAGCGUCGUACGUCAGUUCCUAUCAACAACCUUAUUUAAUCCUGGUUGUCAUAUGUCGCCGACGUCGCAAGACGCUCAUUGCCGACCGUCGCCGAUAUAUGAGAACCAGGCUUAAGUAUAUGUUCUGGUGGCUGCACUCAAGUGAAGAUAUAUGUUUGCGAUGUUUAUAAUAAUAGAUUUUAUUUACCACCUUUGGCAAAAGAAUUACAGUGGUAUUAACAUUGACUGCUUCAAACAUGAAUUGGCAAGCAGUGUCCCAUGCUAUAAUGAACUAAGAGAGCACUCUGCCCCUGAAGAUCUUGAUAGGCUUGUGAAUAUCUACAACACCACCCUCACAAGUAUGAUAGACAAGUAUGCACCACUGACAACCAAAACUGUGAAAGCAAGAUCUCAGGUCCCUUGGUAUAAUCAUGACAUUACAGCAGCGAAGAGAAAACGGCGCAAGGCAGACCGGAUUUGGAGAAAAAGCAAAGCAGAAGAUGACUUACUAUUGUUCAAAAGGCUGAAAAAUCAUGUUACGUACAUCGGCAAUAAGGUGCGCAGAGAGUUCUACGCACAGUUUAUCAACGAAAAUGGAAAUGACCAAAAUAGACUGUUUAGAGCAACAAAUGCCCUCCUCCACCCGAAGGAUGAAGUGUGCUUCCCUGAUUACUCUGACGAUACAUCACUUGCGAAUGACAUUAGCCAUUUUUUCUAUAAAAAGGUCAUCAAUAUUCGUAAAAAUCUUGACGCUGUGGUUAUUGAUCAAUGUGAUAGUUCUCGACUAAUAAAUGAACCUAAGUUUGGUUUUAAUCAAAAUCUGGAGAAAUUCAAGGUUCUUGUAACUGACAUGGUGUCCCAGCUUAUUCAGAAAUCAGUGAAGAAGAGUUGCGCCCUAGAUCCUAUGCCUACAUCACUCCUGGUCAAGAGCCUAAAUGAACUGCUACCUGCCAUCACCUGCAUGAUCAACUCCUCCCUCUCGCUAGGUUAUUUUCCCUCUGCUUGGAAAUCCACCCUUGUCGAUCCAAGGCUCAAGAAAACUGGUCAACCUGCAUCGCUAUCAAAUUUAAGACCAAUUAGUAACCUCCAGUUUGUAUCUAAACUGACGGAAAGAGCUGUAAGUGACCCACGGGCAAUAGGACAGGUGUAGUGUUGUUAAAUAAAAAGUUAGAAAUGGUAUUGUACUUACCCAUGUAUUAUAAUUAUGUUUAGAAGAUCAGAAUAUUCAUAAAUUCUUAUUUUGUUUCAUAAAUAGUUCUUUAAUAUUCGAAACAAAUUCCAUAUCUGCUUCUUCUGCCAUUGGGGCGAGUAAACAUGGCGGCGGCAGACAAAGUAGAUGUGGAAUUUGUUUCGAAUAUUAAAGAACUAUUUAUGAAACAAAAUAAGAAUUUAUGAAUAUUCUGAUCUUCUAAACAUAAUUAUAAUACAUGGGUAAGUACAAUACCAUUUCUAACUUUUUAUUUAACAACACUACACCUGUCCUAUUGCACGUGAGUGACCAGACACUUGAACACAUUAAAUGUUUAGAUAUACCCAAUCCUACAAUCAGCAUAUCGACCUGGUCAUAGUACGGAAACAGCCUUACUAAAAGUACAAUAGUACAUAAUGACAUCAUGUGCUCUAUGGACCAACAAAGAGUCUCACACUCUCACUACUAGUACUUUUAGACCUGUGUGCUGCAUUUGACACUGUAGAUCAUCAAGUGUUAUUACGUCGUCUUGAGGUCAGCUUUGGAAUAACAGGUACUGCCCUUAAAUGGUUUAAAUCCUACUUAACUAACAGAUCUCAACGUGUGCUAAUAAAUGGUAACUACUCCGAAAGUUUCUCUCUCCCUCAUGGUGUUCCUCAUGUUGUCUCGGUACGUUGCUUUUCACAACCUAUACGCAAGCAAGCUAUUCGAAAUAGUUAAGUGUCACCUGCCAGACGUGCAUGCGUAUGCUGAUGAUACUCAAUUAUACCUUUCUUUUAAGCCGGAUGGUGCUACUAAUGAGCUUGAUGUAAUAUGUGCACUACAGAAUUGUAUCAAGGAUAUCAGGACUUGGAUGACAGUUGAUAAGCUCAAACUGAAUGAUGGGAAGACAUAGUUUUUAAUAAUUGGAACUGCUGCUCAGCUCAAAAAGGUUAACAUCUCUAGUAUUGUCAUUGGUUAAGAUAAUGAUCCAGUAGUAUCGUGUACCAGAAAUCUUGGAGUAUGCAUGGUUUGAUAACAACCUUAAUAUGUCGCAUCACAUAAAUAAGACUUGUCAAUCCGUAAUAUAUCAUCUUCAUAACAUUAGACGUAUUCGAAAGUUUUUAAGCUAUGAAGAUGGAAAGUCUGUGGUACAAGCACUAAUAAUGUCAAGGAUAGACUACUGCAACAGUCUUCUAUUUGGUGUCACAGAUGUACAUCUGUCUAAACUACAACGGAUACAAAAUACAGCAGCACGUCUUAUCUGUUCUAUCCCUAAACAUGAUCACAUCACUCCGACUCUUAUCAAACUACACUGGCUUCCCGUUCGAUUAAGGAUCAAGUUCAAAAUUGCCAUGCUUUUAAAUGUAUCCAUCAGUAUGCACCUCUCUAUCUUGUCUAUCUUUUAAAAGUAAGAAAGACAUCGUGCUAUAGUCUAAGAUUUAACGAAGGCACAUUUCUUGAAGACUACAGUACAAAAACAAAGAAAACACUCGGCUACAGAGUAUUUGUAACCUCCGCUCCAAAAAUCUGGAAUGAAUUACCUAUGUAUAUUAGAAAUCUGCAUAUAUACUUUAGUAUUUUCAAGAAAUUAGUUUAGACUUAUUAUUUUGAAGAAGCUUUUAAUGUAAAUACUUCAUGUAACAUAUAAUCUAUAUAAUUAUCACUUAUUUACUGAGACCGAGGGAAACAGUGUGUUUUGUGGACCCGACAAACAUCGACGGUCGAGGGUCCACAAAACACACUGCUUUCCCGAGGUCUCAGUAAAUAAGUGUUUAUUAUAUAUCAAUAGUCAAAGAAACAACAAAUUUAAAGAACAAAUGAACGUAAAUACAUGAAAUAUUUUAUUGUUAAAACGUUAUUAAUAUUAAACACUGGCUACACUGCAUGUCCAAAGGUCGCAUCUUCACGUGAUGGCGCACGUGAUUUUUUUGUUAUUCGCCUGACGAUAAUGUAUUAGGGAGCUUUAGAUUUGACUACGAGUACGACUACGAGUACGAGAUUCGUCAAGCUAAACGCAUGCUGUAUGCUUACGCCAUCCCGUACUGACGCUAAAAAGUCGUAGCCGUCGCCCAUCUGAGUACGAAAUUGUGGAGAAACCUCGUAGUCCUCACGACGACUUUUCAAAAAAAAACAAAGAAAGUUGUUUUUUUUUGUUUUCCAAAAAUAAUUUGUGGCAUUUAUAUAGCGUUUAUCCGGCGCAAAUUAUAUAUUAGUACUAAAUAUCUGGCCUGUUUAUAAUGUUAUGACUUAUUUACACGUUUUGUAGGGGAUUUUAGUCAGCAGGAGAUUUAGUUUAUGAAACUUUUUCUCUCGUUGUUGAUUUACUGUUAUAAAAGCAACAUUUGAAUGGAAACGAGAACGACUACGGUAAUUUCCUCGCACGCGAUCAAAUCUCGUACUCGUAGUCGUACUCGUAUAGUCAAAUCUAAAGCUCCCUAUUAUCUCCCUCUCGCGCUGUUGCGAGGGAGACAGCCUAAUUUCGUCACUCUCACGUGAUAUGCUCUCAACCAAUAAAACACUAGAAAAAUGCGACUUUGACUAUUGAUAUAUAAUAAUCUUCUUUAUAUAUUUUAGUUAGUAACCAUUCAGCAUAGAAUAAUUUUAGUGUAAUUAUGUUUUGUGAUGCGCAUUUGAUCAUAUGCUAUAACAUGUUAAUUUGCGCAAUAUAAAUAUUAAAUAUUAUUAUUAUUAUUAUUACAAAUUUAAAAAGUAUUAUUAAAGAGGCAAUUUUUUUCAAUGUCACGUAUUUGCAAUGAAAAGUGUUCAAAACCUAAAAUCUUUUUGGGGUCCCUCUCAAAAUUACUUUGUUUUAGCUUUAUUCUCUAGUUUAUAGAGUUAGCAACCUUUUUAAAUGCAUCUGCCGGUUGAGAAACAUAAAAUAAUAGUUAAAAGUUGUUAAUUUAAACACAAUUAUCAAUGAUGCUUUAAAAUUGAUGCCAUAUUUAUAGUCAUAUAAGCAAAACUUACUGAACUUCAGACGUCAUUUUCUCUUUGGCGUAUCAUCUAAAAUCUCUUCAUUUUGGCAUUAUUUUACAGAUAAAGCACUAAACAAAAUGUUUAAGUUUGUUUGCCGAUUGAGAAACGUAUUAAAAAAUAAAAAUUUUGAAUUUAGUCAUAACCUCAAGUGAUAUAUUAUACGCGUUAGUUUUGAGCGCGUGUUAUACAUAACAUACAAAAAAAUCUCUUCUUAAAAAUUUACAACAAUAUUUUUAAAGAUAAAUAAACUACUUCAUCGACUAUAAUGUACAUUUACUGGAAUGAGAGAGGGAGCUAUUAUGUACUAUUUAAAAAGCGAGCAGGAGUGUUUUAUUAGGUUUAAAGUCACGAGCGCGCAGCGCGAGUGGCUUUAGACCUAAUAAAACACGACCUGUGAGUUUUUUAAAUGGCUUCAAAAACGUUUGCAUAAUAAGUCAAAUCUUUAUAUAAAAAUUUUUAUAUAAAAAUCUUUAUAUAAAAAUCUUUAUAUAAAAAUCUUUAUAUAAAAAUCUUUAUAUAGUUUUUAUAACAAUGGUCUUUCGUUAUAAAGACGUAUGCACGUGACUAAUUUCAUACUCAAGAUUGGAUAAUUGCUUCAUGAAUUAUUAAUGAGUUUUUGAACUAUAUAUACAAGUAAGACUAUUUUAGUUAACUAUGUUGGUAAAAUAGUUCAACCAAGCAGUUCUCGGUAUGAAUGAUUGUUUAUGUCUAUCUGUAAAUGACUUAUUGGUACCAAAAGUGGGUUACAAUUAACCUGUCCUUAAAUUAUAUUCAUGUGCGUUUGUUCUACAAAUCAAUCUUUUACAUGGGUAAUUUUCUGAAUUUUGGAUAUUAUCAUAUUAUUUACUUGUUAAAAUAGUUUCUUCUUGACGCAAGCGACUCAAUUUUAUUUCUCGGUAAGCCAAUGAUGAAUAUCUAGUCAGCGAUUUUGUACUCUUUAGAUAUCCUCCUUUAGGUAAUAUGGUAAACCAGCCCAGAUUGGUGCCGCAUAUUCCAGUAUGGGUCAUAUCUUUGUGCAAUAGGUUGUUAGCCCAAUAUUGUUUGGGAGAUUUGCUUUCCUACAGGCCCUCACGAAAUAGAUUCUUUUACUUGCCUUCUUAACGAUAUCUAGUACAUGUGACUUCCAUUUAAGGUCGUUUUGCAUGGUAAAACCCCAAAGAGCUUGAAUUUUGUGACUCCAUAAUUUCGUUGCCUAUACUAAUGCUUGGGGGAGCUGGGCUUGAUCUCGUAAAUCCUAUCCACAUAUCUUUUGUCUUACCUUUAUUCAACUCCAUUUUAUUUUACUCUGCAUGAGUGCACCGGCCAAACUUAAAAGUUUGCAUGCUUGUCCGCGCGGUGGGAAUAAAACCCGCGAGCUUUGGUUUGCUAGCCAACGCUCCAUCAACUGUGCUACAAGGUCAAGAGCAUUGGACUAGCAAACCAAAAGUCGCGAGUGAUUCUCACCGCGGUCAAGCAAACUUUUCAGCAGUUGCACGGUGUGGACUGACGCUCAGAGUAACAUCACAAACAUUCAGGUUUAACUAAUUGUGUAUUACUGUCCACAGGUUUGCUUUUUCGAUGUUUCGGCUUCGGAAGGAGAGAAGGCACAGAAAAGUUUUGAUGAAAAAUAUGGCAGUGGAAAAGCUGUGUUCCUGAAGUGUGAUGUUUCAAAAAAGAACGAACUACAUGGUAAUUUUACGAACGUAUAGUUUGCUUAUGUUGGUAAAACAAGCGGGAAAUUAAAUUUUGUAAAUGACCCGAGUUUUCAGAUUGGGAUUAGCCAAAAGCUGAACAAUAAAAUUUUUGUGUUUCGAAUCCAAUAUGUAAAUUACCUGAAUUACUUGCUCAUCAAUUACACUGCCCGUGAAAAGAAUCAGUUUUCAUAAAUAGGCCUUUUCCCGUUGUCGGUGUCGCAUACUAUUUUUUACAGGUUGACCCGGCACGUAAAAUCUUGCGUCCCCGUUUACAUCUAUAUAUAGAAUAAUUAAAAUUUUAAAAAGGAUGCCUUUUGGAUAAUAGAAGGCAUAUAUACCUGCGUCUUAUAUAUACUUACUUAUACGUGGAUUUCACUGUUAUUGAUAACUCUUCAUUACCAGAAAUUUAGGACGCAUUUGUUCCACAUUGAAUAAAUUAGCUCAUUGAUUAAAGCUGGUGCCGUGACGUUUGCUAUUAAGCUACAUCCAGCACAAAAAUUUUCGAAUAACAUACAAAUAUAACAAUUCUGAUUUGCCGCAACCGUGACCAUAGAUUAGGAAAUGAAUAGAUGGCUCACUCCUUUGAUGUUUUUGACGCCGCUGGCACCCACGCAUGUUCUUGGCAGAGCUAUGGCGGCCUAUAGCAAGAACUAUAAUAAAAUGUAUUGUGAAAUUAACAUCCGUUCUACUAAAUCCUGUAUUUUUCCGCUUUCGGGGGUUUUAAUGGAAAAAUAAAUCGGGAUUUAGUAGCACCCGGUGUCGAUUUCACAAUGCAUUUUACUACAGUUACUUGCUAGGCCGCCAUUACUCUGGCAAGAACAUGCGUGGGUGCCGGCGGCGUCAAAAACAUCAAAGGAGUGAGCCAUCUAUUCAUUUUCUAAUCUAUGCCGUGACAUCAAGAGAAAUUCUUAUUGAAUUAUUGAAAUAAAAUUUACGCCAGUUGGUUUUGAACAUGUUUUCUGCCAACUGCAAUUUGAUAAAUUCUCUAUACCGCCUAAUUUGAUAAAUUAUCUUUACCGUAUAUAAAGGUUGUCCUUUGCAAACCUUAAACUCUAAAACCUUAAACCUUAAAUUCUAAGCGCGCAAAGCAUGAUGGGAGCACGAUUUAAGCAGUUUAGAAAGCAUAUAUGAAGCCCAUUUCUUAAUUAGAGACAUGGUAAAUAUCUCCUUGCGAAAACAUUUCACUCACAAACAGCUACAAUAUUCAACUACUAUAUAAGCUUGAAAUCACUGCUCCCAUUAUGCUUUGUGUGCUUAGAGUUUAAGGUUUAGAGUUUAAGGUUUGCAACGGACCACCUUUUUUGAGUUAGCUGUAUAUAUAUAUAUAUAUAUAUAUAUAUAUAUAUAUAUAUAUAUAUAUAUAUAUAUAUAUAUAUAUAUAUAUAUAUAUAUAUAUAUAUAUAUUUCAGAUGCAUUUCAUCAAGCAAAAUCUCAAAUGCGUGGUUUGAACGUGGUGUGCAACAAUGCUGGAGUGAUGGUCCACACAGACGAAAGUUCUCAUUCUGAUGAAUUGAUUUCUAUUAAUCUGGUAAGUAGUUCAUGUUCUUUUGCUAUAAUAUCAAGUAUAUCAACACUCAAUGAAUUUCCCCAACUUAUCCUACCCUCCUCCGCAGACAUCCUUUUUUUCUCGUUUUAUUUACAUUUACACGACGAUCAUGAAGAGCUGUAAAAUGAGAGCUGAAAUGUGCCUAUUUUUCACUGGAAAAAUAGGAUUUGGACUACUGCGAAACGGAAUGGUAUUUGACUCUGGGAAUGAGACUGCAUGGCAAUCAGAGAAAAUAUUAGCUGGGGUAGUGGGACUAAAUUGCACUUCACGACCUGCAUGGAACUGCGUUUGUAAGAAAGCAUAAAGUAUAGAACAAAGGGACGUAAUAGUAAUUUUUAGGAAUAACCGCGAGCUAUGACACGUGUAGAUAAUUCUAAUGCUUUGUUACGUUUGCUCUAUUUUACAUUUCUGUAAGGUCGAGAAAUAGUUACUAUACAGCGUGGCAUAUUUCAAUAAAUAUGGGAUUUGGGGCAUCUCACUCGAUAUAACUAAUUACCGCAAGGUUUUGUAGAUGGAAAUUUCGAGUGUAUAUUUUAUACAUUUAUUAUACAUUUAUUAUAGGCUUAAACAAGAGCAUGCAGUUAGGGACUGCAUGGUCAUAAAGUAACUGCUAUAGGGUGGGCUGGAGGUAAAUCAGAAAUUUUGCCAAUAAGUUCGGUGACCCAUUUUAGGAUGUAGAUAAAAAUAUCAAAGCCCAUCUAAUCUUACAAAAAAAUUUUCAUGACCCACCCAAUCUAAAUUGGGCAAAUACACUUUUAUAAUAAAAAAAACUUGCAGGUAUAUUGUAAAUAUACACCGGCACUGUAUUGACAUACGUAAUUUCACCAAGCUUGACCAACAUAUUUAUCACCAAUUACGAUAUUGAGCUGUUCUCCAGUUGGUUGUAUUUGCUGUGAUAAUUCGACCACUUCUUGUUGUAUAAACAAAGUACUGACUUCAAUAGCAUCAUUUGCAUUUGAUAAUUCGGAUAGUUUUGUUUACUUUUAUUAUUAAUAUUUUUAUUUUUUGAAGUAGACAUGCAUGGGUUUUUGUUUGGUGGCCCAACCGUGGACAUACAAAAAAUUUGGCGGCCUAUCGAAACUCUCCAAAGAUUUUCCAUGGCCCAUCCCAAAUCACUCCAGCCCUGCACCCUAGCAUUUACUUUAUGACCGGUCCCUUACGGGAAAUGCAACUACAUUGGUACAACUGAAAUGGACCUGUGGUCCAGCAGGCGAUUCCGGUGCAGCGCAAUAUUGUUUCUGUUCAGUGUUCACGCUUCCAGACAUGGCGAAAAAUUAACCAAAGCUAGCGCCAGUGCCGAACCUGCUGUUUUGUUGUGAUAUGUUAGUAUAUAUAUAUAUAUAUAUAUAUAUAUAUAUAUAUAUAUAUAUAUCUGUUUUGUUGUGAUAUGUUAGUAUAUAUAUAUAUAUAUAUAUAUAUAUAUAUAUAUAUAUAUAUAUAUAUAUAUAUAUAUAUAUAUAUAUAUAUAUAUAUAUAUAUAUAUAUACUAAAUUGAACGUUGUUUAUACACCUCAUUCCAAAUAUAAGCCCCCCGAAUAUAAGUCUACCUGAAUAUAAGCCCCCCAAAUAUAAGUCCCCCGAAUAUAUAACAUUAUAUAAGCCCAGUAGCCCACUACGUUACUCACCAUUGACAUUGUCUUUUAAUAUAGCAGAGAACUGUUUUUGAACAGAUGACAAUAUUUAAAAACAUUGUCUUUAUAGCCCACUAUGUGAAUCAAAACGCGUUACUGAAUACAUGUUUAUUUUCCUGUUUAUGACUGACUUGUUUAUGUCUGACUUGUUUAUAUAACACAAAAAAUCGUCCAUGUAUAUAUAAGCCCCCCCCCCCCGUAUAUAAGCUCACCCUUGUAUAAGCCCAUCAAAAAUCGCUUACGAAAGUAUAUAAGCCCAGGGCUUAUAGUCGGAGGUUUACGGUAGCCUAUAAAUAAACGUUAUAUCUACAACUUUGUCUAUAUGUUACAUUUCAGGGCGGUGUUAUUAAUGGCAGCAUGCUAGCUCUUGAAUUAAUGGGAAGAGGUUAUGGAGGAAAUGGUGGCGUCAUUAUUAAUACAGCUUCACUUCUAGGUAUAUACUUCUUAAAGUUAGGUUUGUUUUGUUUUGUUUAAAGGAGGUCACGCGGGACGUGCAUAUUUGGUUUAAAUUCAUCUAAGCGGCUAUGAUAUUUGCAGGAAAAAAUUAACAUUGGAGAAAGUACUGUACAACGCGGUAUAUGUAGACACAUAUAGAUAUGAUGAGUCGCGUCGUAGUUUUUCAUUUCACCAAUGAACGUCUAGGAAAGACUUUUUCAACUUAGCCGCUUGGACAGACCACGUGGUAAUUAUACUCAAAACCCUAUCCAAAAUUACGCCAUGCAGUCUCCAUUUUGUGGAGACUAGAAAUAGGAAUGCACAUUCUUCGUCUAUUACUUCUAUGACAUUCCUAUUACAGUUGAUUUCGCUUAUUUCGCGAUUAUUUAUAGAAUAUUUAGAGUUUAAAGGUACUGUAUUUAUCUUUCAGGUUUAUCAGUAAUACAUCCACAGGCUGCUAUUUACAGUUCUACAAAGGCUGGUAUCAUUCAUUUUACACGAUGUAUUGCACAGGUUUGUAUUUUUUGGAGGUUUACAUUUUACACGAUGUAUUAUUGUGCAUGAUUGCUCGACUGUCUCCACAAUUAACUCGGCUGGAUACAGAGAGAAAUAUACAGAAAUUCAUUUAGUUCGGUGUACUCGUGCUGUUCUAUAUAUAUAUACAAAAUAUGCAGCGCAAUCAAUUCCUUCAGAUUUAAAAGAUAAAGAUAAGGUAUGCUCAAAUGACUUAGAUUCUUGCACUUCACUUGGUGGAAUUAAUAUUAGGAUGUUCAGUAGGUUUGUAAUCCAAGUGAGAAUAUAUACAUUUUAAAGGCAGGUAUAAAAGUCGGACCGGAUUGUGGUCCGGGUCGGAUCAGGUCGGACCAAGUCGGAUUAGGUCGGAUCUUUAGAAAAUUUAGAAAUAUCAGGAUAUUCAGGGAAAUGUUACUUACACAAAUGGAAGUUUGCAUUCUUUCCCGCGUUAUUUACACAGCGUUAAACAGCGUGGCAAAUUUGCAAAAUGGAUGGCGACGAAGGUAAAACAUUUUAUGUUAUUAGAUUUUUAGACCACUUUUUUGAAAAUUAUUGCAUCGAACUGCCUUAUCAAUAUUUUAUUUCCUUUAAUUCCGGACUGGCGAUUCGGUCAUCUAUGGAUCCGGUCCGACUUUUGUACCUGCACGAUCCGACCCGGACCACAAUCGGGUCCGACUUUUAUACCUGCACGAUCCGACCUGAUCCGGACUGGCGAUCCGGUCCGACUAUUAUACCUGCCUACAUUUUAAGACCUAACCAGGAACGACUGCGAAAAAUGCAGCACAAGGUCCUCUGGUAGGAAACGAACCUACGGCCCUGCGAUUCCGGAGCAGCGCUCUAACCAACUGAGCUACAGAGGCCAGCUGUUGAGCUGUAACCGUAAGUCCAUGUAUAUCAUAGAUUAAGUAAGAACAGAUGUGUAACUUCAGUAAAAAAGUUGUCCCACGGUCGCCAUCUUCCUAGCAAGUGUCGCAAAUUGCGAGGACACUAUAUAUUGGACAUAUUUACAAUGCAAAUAUAUGAUAAUCAUAUUAUAAUGUUAAAAAAUAUAAGUAUAUUUAUUGAGGGUAUAUAGGUAUAUGAAUAUUCAGAGUAGAAAUAUGAAUAUUUGAUACGAAACUUGAAUGAAUAUUCUCCUCCCUUGUUCGCGGUCUCGGGCCGUUUAGCUUAAACGGUGGUUAGGCUCAAAAUAGAAAGCAAGUCUAUAUAUAUAUAGAUUCAUUCAACAACUAAACUAAAAGUUUUGAACCUUAAUAGAACGAUAUUGUUUACAACGACAUAUUCAGUGCAGAAUAUUUAAGUUAACUGAUUCACGAGAGAUAUAUAAGAAUGUUAUUUAAUUUUGACUUAUGCACCGUUUAAGCUGAACGCGGGCUUGAUAUACAACCGGUCCCAGGUAUUUUGGUAUUUUGGAAUAUUGUAGGUCAAAUAUUGAACAAUGCAGGUAUAGGAUUAUUGAAUGUUGAAGUAACAAUAUUUCGGUCCGCCUCCACUCCCAAAUAACUGAAAAAUAGUUACUAUUUACUGAUUAGUGAUUACAACACUUUUUUGUUUGGAAUAUAGAGUUUCAUAUGGGUGAGCACCGUCGUAUACAUACAUGAAACUAUAUCGUUCAUAUUGAGAGGUUGUGGUUAAAGAUCACCUCAAAAUUCUCGAAGUUUAUAAUUCGUCACUUCAAAUGAUUUAAUUAAGAGGGACUCAGGUCGCAUUUUAUUUCAAAUUUGGUACAUCAUUUUCUUACUUUUCCCUUGUACCCUUGGUAGUCUCAAUCAAUAACUAUACAGGGUGUAUCAAAAUAAACGCAAUUCAUCUUUUGUGCUUAAUAACUUUCGAAAUACUAUUUCUAGUUAAACGCUUUUAGGCUUACUUCAAAGCCUGUUCUUUUCUCUUUCAAACAAACUAUUAUCCGUGUCUCCAAUGCUAGUAAUAAUUGCACAGGAAAAGAUUUAGUAAAACCUAUCAUUUUUAGUUGCUGUUUAAUUAUGCAAGUUUACUAUGUUAUUGUUUAGUCGGUUUAAAUGUUAGAAUUUUCUUCUUUAAACUUUAAUGUUGUCGUCACUACAUCUGGAAAACCACGUAUAAGAACAAAUUAAAAGUAUUUUAAAAGAGACCAGGUUGUUUGAAAAUCCUAAACGAAUGCGAAAAAUCGUCAAAACAUUCUGGUGUCUGAACCAGAGUUUCAUCGAAUUGCGAUGUAAUGUAAACAGAAAUUAUAGCAAGUUGAUGUCAGUCAGCUUAGAUGGUCCAAGCCAAAAUUAUAUCGCAUUUGAAGUUUCAAACUGAGUUAAAAAUAGUGGAAGAAAAGCCGUAAUUAUACUUAUUGUUACAAUCCAUUUAAUAGAAAUGCAACAUUUUUUUUGUUUUAAUGAAAAAAUCAGUUAUUUUCAUGAGAACGUUUAGUUAUUCCAUCUCAAUUUUUUUAAUUUCCAAUCGCAAUAACGUAAAGUAUUAUUACCCGCGAACCAAUGAAUCAAAUUUAAGAAACAACCCACUGUUAGAAAGCGGAAUGGCUACGCUUUAAAAUGAAUGUAAACUUUAACGUUUUCGUCCAUUAUUUGUUUAGCAAUUUACAUUUCAGUCAAGGAUUGCGCUUUUUUUGAUACACCCUGUAUAUGUCACCAACUACUGCACACGUAAAAAUGCACAAGUUGUAACAAACCUGCAGCAGACUUGUAGCAAUGCUGUUCCAACAAUUUGUCAACAGGUUGUGUUCGCACUGCUUGUUCCCAGCUUGUUGACAAGUUGUCAACCGCUUGUUGACAACUUGCUACAAGGUUGUUGAGCUCAACAGACUAAUUGUUGCAAGUUAUAAUGUUCCAACAAUUUGUUAUCGUCUUGCAAUUCAACAAUCAAUUUGUCAACAAGUUGUGAGGGACAACCUUGUAGAAAAUUGAUAAAAUAGCAGCAUUGUUACAACGUGUUAACAAGCAUGCUACAAGCCUGUUGCGAACACAUCUUGUUGACAAGUUGUGAGAUUUCUACGUGUGUAGCCUACUUUUCAGACAUCACCACGUGAUCAUGGUGUGAGAGUGAAUUGCAUAUGUCCUCACGCCGUUUACACUAACAUGACGACGUCACUUCUUAAUGAUACAUGGGAAGGGAGAUUGAAACCUGCUCAAGAAAUUGCCGAUUAUAUGCCGAAAAAUGACGACGAAGCGCGCGAGAUGUACUUAAAGUAAGUUCAAUUGCAUGUUUGUAACUUUUGAUGAGUUAGUCUGACGAAGAUUGUUUUUCCUUGAACGCCUGGUGACCUUCUUACAAUGCCUACACCAAUUCUUUUUUUCCUAGAACGACAGACAUUAGCAAUGAAGUGAUGAAACUCAUAAAUGAUGAGUCAAAAAACGGUCAAGUGUUAGCUAUCACAAAGAAUCCGGAUGAUCGCACGCAGGUGAAGGUUGAAAACGUCGAGUUGAAAUAAUUGACGUUAUAUAUACAUUAUAUGAAGUUGAAAAUUCUUAUAAUGUUUCAUUUGACGAAAGGCGAAUAAAAUCCAUCUUCGUAGAACGGCUUCUGGAAGCUGUAGUCAUUAAUUUUAUCAUCUAGUUAGUAAGUCACCGAUUGUUAAUUGAGAGGGCCAGUUAAUUCAUAAAAUUGUUCACUAUAUAUGAUUAUAGCUAUCGUAUUGAAUUUAUCAAUGUUAUACCAGGUGCAAAUAUAAGGAGCAUAUAUCCAGCCUUUUCAAUUCGGGGUUUCGUAACUUAGGGCAUAAAUAACAGAAUGCAGUGGGGACUGGGGAAGCAAUAUUUAUUCUAAAGUUAUUCUUUCAAAAUCGGAAUACUUUUUUCGUGCUUACAGGACAACCUUAAUUGAAUUUGGUGUAUACACGAAUGCACUAUUGCAUCAUUUAAAAUUAUUUGUGAAACAAAG